CAGCAACUAGAUCAGGAUUUUUGUUUCAAGUCACCAAUUUGGAUUGAGGCGGCAGCGGCAGCAGCCCUCUGGAAAGGACAGGAAAGGGAAGGACAUUGUGGGCGGAAUGGGGAACGGGGAAUGCAAUUAGGAGGCAGAGCAGCAUCUAGAACUCGCCAGAUCUCCACCUUCUUAGUUAGAAAGCGUGGAGAAGCUGGUGGCGUACAUGCGAACGCCUGGAACAGGUUGGAGAUCGGUCGAUUGGCUGUGCAGACAUGAGGGAACCUGCGGGCAAUUUGGGGGGACGGGCGGCCAUGGAGACAAGCGCUUGCGCAGGUAAGACUCGCAUCUGCCUGUACGUGACGGAUGUCGAGGCAGGGAUCAUGUACCCGGAGAUGGAGGUGGUGUUCAGAGACGCGACCGAAUGUACGACGGCCUCGAUAAAAGAGGCCGAGGACAAGAGGGAAGAGCAGAUUUUCCAUCCGGAGAUGGAGAAAGUGUUCGGCGACAACACGCACUGGGCGACGCUGACGGAUUUGGAGGCAGUCCAGAAGAUGACGCAGUCUCGAGGCAAAUCAAAGUCCGUCGGCAGGUCCAAGUCGUUCGAUCACUUCAACACGAAACGCGACGUGCUGGAGGCUCUGCACUCGUGGUGGAAUUCCAUCGACUCCAUCAACUGCAAGCCCAAGCGCCUCAUGAUCCUGGCCCUGUGGUUCAUAGCCGUGGCCGUCUUGCUCAUGAUGAUCCUCGUCUGCUGCAUCAUCGUCUUCGUCUUCACGUCCGUCGUCCUCUGGGGCCCCAUGGUCGGCAUCAUCUUCUUCUGGCUCCUCCCUUACUGCGAGCAGGCGCAGGCCCAAGCUCCGGCCUACAUCGCCGGCCUGCUCACUGUCUGCAGCGCCGCCAUUUGUGGAUUCUUCUUCGUUGUCGUGGUCACGGAUGAUAGUUAUGUGUACAAGCAUGCCCUCCCGGACGCUUGGGGAACUCUGUGCGACAUGAGCGGCUACUCCUUCAGCUGCAUCGCUGCGCAGCAUCUGAUCGGCUAUGCUCUGUUCCAGGCCGCUCACGUCUGCCUCUUCAUCGUCGUCGGCCUGGCCUGCUACGCCAUGUCGAGCCUGUGGUGCUUCUUCUGCAGCGACUAGCUUCCAAUCCAUUCGAGCGCAUGGAUUGGCAAUCGAGACCCUCGAGCUCCGAUUGGUAUACAUACUGUAUGUUUGUAGUUUAGCCAGACACGACGUCCAAGUUCGAAUGCUUGCACAGCAACUUUCUAAUCACCACUAGUUCUUAGAUUAGAUAAGAACGGCUAGCGUACAUGCUGUUCAUCAGGCGCAUCCUCAAACUGCAGCCGGAUGGCUGACUUUGAUAUUGUCUGGACAACGACAAGUUGAAUAAUUUGUAGCAGAGUCAGAUCCUGAGCUGAGCUUAGAUAUAGAGUAAUUGAACACAUGUUAGGGAUGCUUGAUCAACAGUAGCAGAAGAGAGUGUUUGAACAGAUGAAUGAAUUUUUGGUCUCUUGGGGGCAGACAGACCAGCCACAGAAGUGGCACUAGAGUUGAUCGAGGCUGAUCGAGCUUGCUAGAGAGUCCGAAGCGAAUUUUCAGGAAGUUCUCUGGUGUCAACCAGUCCCUCCUUUCAGAGUAGAGAAUCUGGGCUUUGUACCAUGACUUGUAAAACACAGCAUCCGGAUGAUUCCAUCGAGAACUCAACAAUCUUCGAGAUUGAUAACUCACGGGCAGGCAGAGCUAGGCCAGGAAUGCCAUUGGGCUCGGCCGCUUGCAUCAGUUGAAGUACAUACAUGACAUGACAUGUCGCGCCAGUACAAGAUGCUGCGCGACUGUAAAUGGUUUUGAAGAAAUCAAAAAAAUC